AUGCGAACUGCUGUCAACACUAUCGCGGAGGCUUCCCUUCUGGCAAUGGUUCAGCGAGAAGAAGAAAUAGAACAACAGCUCAGGCUACUGAGAAAGCUUCCAGAGCCUGAGAAUGAGAACCUCAAGCCCCAACUACUGACUGAGGAACUUACCGAUAUCAAACAAAAGAUAUUUUGCCAAGACCGGAACCUCUAUGAGCACGACAAUCCAACUUGGUAUCUCCGGCAGGAGCUUGUCGAUUACUGUAUACGCUUGGGCGGCUGA